CCUUUUCUCUUCACUCACACAUGCACGAGUUUGACAGCACGGCGUUGAAAUUGAAUCCAAAACGCCCGUCUUUGUUCGUCGUUUUGGGGAUUUUCUUUCUUUUUUUUCUUGUUAUAGUUUUAAGUGUGAUAUGUGAGAAAAUCGACUAGCUGCGGAACAGUCUCUAACAGAGGUUUUUUGGGUUGUCGUUUCAUUACUUGGGAGUAUCGACAGGUUACAAAGUUUUGUAUUUUUGUUGCACGCGCGAAGUCGCGAAGGACUGAAACAUGUCGCGAGACCCAGAAGAGGUGAAUAAACUGACUGAAAGCACCUACAAGAAUGUUAUGGAACAGUUUAACCCGGGGCUGAAGAACCUUGUCAACCUUGGAAAGAGCUACGAGAAAGCUGUCAUGGCUAUGACCUUGGCUGGAAAGAUGUACUUUGAAGCUGUGGGUAAGAUCGGGGAGAACGCUGCUGUAUCUCCAGUGUCAAGAGAAUUAGGGGUGGUGUUGAGUGAGCUCUCUGAAGCCCACAGAAAGGUCCUACUUGAGCAGGAAGAGAAUUUCAGACGCUUCCAUCGAGAGAUUAUUGCUGAGCUGGACAAAAAGACCGAUAUGGACAUGAAAUACAUGACCGCCACGUUUAAGAAGUAUCAGAUGGAGCACAAGAUGAAGCAGGACUUUCUGGAGAGGUCUCAGGCUGACCUGAAAAAGCUGAGGAGGAAGAGUCAAGGAAAGAAUGCGCUGAAGUAUGAGAGCAAAGAGAAUGAGUGUUUGGAGACCCUCACACACCGCCAGAUGGACAUGCAGAAGUUUAUUGCAGAUGGCUGUAAGGAGGCUUUGCUUGAGGAGAAGAGGAGGUUCUGCUUCCUUGUGGACAAACAUUGUACUUUCUCCUACCAGUUAGCAGGUUUCCAUGAAAAGGCCAAGGAUAUACUAAUAGACCAGAUACCUAACUGGCAAGACAAAUGUUCUGAUAUUACCAACGUUCCAGACAGUGUGAUGUCAAUGAUAGAAGGUCUACGCACUCCAGUGUCCAUAACCCCUCAGGCCUCUCCAGCCAUAAAGCGCCACAGCAGGAACAAUUCUGAUGCAAUGAUUCCACCUCCUGCACCCCCACUAAAGGCUCAAACAAGUCCACUAGUGAGCCUGUUCAACCAAGAUACAGCAAAGCAAGAAACUGUGACCGAUAAUAGUAAUGAUGGGAGUCAAAUGGUCAGGUCCAUUUCGAUGGCUACAGGACUGAACAAUAUGAGCCAGAGGCCACGCGUCAGGACUAUCUUCCCCCACAAAUCUGGCAAUAACAACACCCUGCUGAGCUUUGAUGAGGGUGACUUAAUCAUCCUGCUCAUCCCUGAUGAGAGAGACGGCUGGCUUUAUGGGGAAUUGGAGAAGACGAAACAAAGGGGCUGGUUUCCAUCCUCCUACUGUCGUCCAUAUGUAGAACCUGUGGUAAAUAACAGGCAUCCUAUGUAUACAGGACAGAAUGUUUUUGGGAAUCCUCCGGCACGCAGUAAGAGUGUGGCCAACCUCACGCAGCCGGACCCCGAGGAUGAUGUGAUGUUACCUCCUCCUGACUACAGUGACACUCCUGUCAGGAGGAAUUCAACCAAGUCCCUGAUUCAGACACAUGUGCCUUCCUCUGAAAACAUGGUUUCUCAGCCAAAUGGAAUUUCAAAGCCACCUUUUCUAGUGGGCACGAACCCUUUUGCCACCGUGAAGCUGAGGCCCACAGUCACCAACGACAGAUCGGCUCCUAGGGUCUGAUUAUCAUGACUCCCUAGCCUUUUAACCAUCAGCAGGUCUUUUCCUCCCAAUACCACCACCACUGAUGCGUGAAUGCAUGCAGACCUUUCUUCUGCAAAGUACAUCAUUAUACAUAAGCUUUAGUCCAUGUUGGAUUUGGACUAGAUACCAUGGUGGCCUCAUUACACACAGGCAAACUACACAUUUAUUUAUGUACAUUAUAAAAGCCAAUAUUCACAUAUACUUUUUUAAAAUCAUUCCAAUGUUCAUGCUGCCGUAUAGGGUUUGUCCUGGACGAUGAGCAAGAGCAGUGCUAGAUAGCUCUAUUUUGGAGUAAAUAUGCUUAUAAUAUAUUUUGUCCUGAGUUUUUACCUGAGGCGUUGAUGACUGCUUUUAAGUUGCAAGAAGAACACGCCUACCCUGUGCUGAGAUGGACUGGAACCUAGGAUGUUUAAAUAAUUGUUGAGAAUUUUACAUUGUCAUGGGACAGGCGAUGAAUGUAAAAAUGGGACCAAGGCACUGAAUUUUCAGGUUAUAUAGUGUUGCAGAUGUAAUUGUGCAGGAUUUCUUAAAUUCUGUCAGGUUAUUCAAAAUCUCAAAUGUCAUGGUACACUAGGAUUAAAGAUGUGCUUUAAUUCCAAAUGCUUGAUAGUGUGUUUAGAUUGCAAAGGUAUGUUUCUACAAACCCAUUCCCAAAUACUAUUUAAUACCCCUUUUUCCUUUUCUUAGAGAGGACACAUUUACCUCUUUAAUUUUAUGUUGUCAGAUGAUUACUCUGUGUCCAUAUACAGUUCACAAGCAUCUUCACUUGUCUUUGAGGGUCACAUUAAUUAAACAGACCUUAGAAUUACAUGGACAAAUUGUACUUAAAUUAAUUUUGAAGCUUUAAGGUAGCCGUUUAUUUGUUUUAUCAACACCCAUUUCUCUUUUCCAGUGCCCUGUGAAUCACUGCUGUGUAAAAUAAAGAUGUUCUAUUUCUUU